AUGGUGCUCCGCAAACAGCCCCCACCUCGCCUUGACAAUCUUAACAAAGGGAAUACUCGCCCGGCCACUCGUUCCCCAACCUCCCCGUCCUCUGCCUCCUUCCACCGUCGGCGCUUAAACAGGCUUCCCUCCCAGGAGUCCAUAUACUCCCCCGACCUCAAUACCUCGCCGGCAUUUGAUCUUAUGCCACUAGAAGAAGCUCAGAAGUCCCCGGUGGGCUCGCCGACUACCCACCCACCAAAUUCUUGGCCAGAAGACAGGGAGGAUCGAACAAUCCAUAUUGUAUCCAAUCCAGAAACACACUCGGGAGGCACAAUGCACAAAGCAGAGGAAGUACCGGUGGCUCUUAUAUCGGGCUCACCACAGACCGCGGACACUAGUCACGAAGUAACGGCUGGGGAGGUGCCGGUACAACUGCGAUCGAACAAUCCAUUCUUGAAACCAAGACCGUCGAUACCCACACAAGACACAUCGAAUGAUUGGAAUCGACAUUCAAACGCAACGACCAACAGUGAUCCUUUGAGCCAAACGGAGGGAUACAUCCCAAUGACUGCCAGACUAUCACUUCUGGACCAGGAGGAUGAGUCUCCAUGGGCAGAUCACGAAGAAUCUCACCUAGAAGCUCAUCGUGCAGUACCAAGUGAUUUGCCUCCGGAACAAUCUCCAUGGGGAUCACAGCAUUCAAUCAAGAUCUCAGCCGCUCAGGAAAUUUAUUUACAAGGAGGACAAGCUAAUCCAUACGCCCCGGCCGUAGUUGUACAACCGUCUGGUUCAACUGAAGAUCUAUAUCAUUUACAACCGCCUUACUCUCACGACAGAUUGGGCUCAGAGGCUGGCGCUCAUAGUCCCUCCGCCUUUUCCAGUGCCACCUCGGCAACCUCACAUGAAUUGAUCGAUUUUGAUCCCCACGAAACUCUUGGAGUGGAGGCCGACUCACAAAAGGCAGCAUCUUCAGUUUACUCUGCCGAUGGAAUUCACUCACAGCCUGAAACCACACAGUUUGGUGCGCCACUUCCAGCAAUUCCAACCUCGCAACAGGUCCAGGAUGCGCCAGCCCAGACAUUACCAACACCGAUCGUCAAGCUUACUCCCGCCGAGGAAGCAAGACAACAGGAGCAGCGCUCGGAAACAUAUUCUAUACGACAAAUCAAUUGGCAGGAUCGGACUGGAAAUAUGCAGCAGUCCCCUAUCCUAGUUCAAAACAAUAAUGGGCCGUGUCCCCUACUUGCGCUUAUUAAUGCGUUGGUGUUACGAGCGGAUCCAACGACACAGCCACCAAUUGUCAAAGCAUUGCAGACCCGCGAACAAAUUUCACUGGGACUGUUGAUCGAGGCCUUAUUUGAGGAAUUGAUUACUCGCUUGAGCCCCGAUGAUCAAUUCCCAGACAUUGAGUCGCUGUCUCGAUUUCUCACAAUCUUGCAUACCGGCCUGAAUGUAAACCCUCGCCUGACGGUGGAUACGGCUGAUUCUCUUGGCACGUUUUUGCAAACCCCUGAUCUUCAGCUGUAUAGUACAUUCGGUGUUCCUUUGAUUCAUGGAUGGCUUGCAUCGUGGUCUAGCUCAGCCCACACGGCCAUGACCCGAGUUGCGCAAUAUCAUGAAGACAUCCAAUUGUUACAUUUCCGCAAGCAAGAAUUGGAAGACACCGUGAUGCGGGGAAAACCACUUUCCCCAGAGGAAGAGCAAAAAAUGGCAGACAUACAGGCCAUUCAAUACUUUGUCGAGAUCGAGAAUGCGACGCAACUCAGCUCUUUUGGGUUGACACAGUUGACUACAAAGCUGGCACCAGGCUCGGUCUCAAUAUUCUUUCGCAACGAUCAUUUCUCGACGCUCUACAAGCACCCUGAAUCCCACCAGCUUUUCAUGUUGGUAACGGAUGCCGGCUAUGCAAACCAUGCCGAAGUGGUAUGGGAAUCUCUCGUUGAUGUGACCGGUUUCAACUCCGAGUUUCUUGCUGGUGACUUCCGUGCUGUCGGCCACGGCCCAUCAGGAUCUGCAGGCCCAGCUGAUUCCCGCACAUCAAGUGCUCCGCCGGCUUCAGAUCUUGCUCCAGCCACCGAGUCUUCAGGGAGAUUGUCGCCACAGGAACAAGCUGAUGCAGACUAUGCCUAUGCGCUUUCGCUUCAGUUCCAAGAAGAGGAACAGCGAGAGAGAAGAAACAGUCAGCAAAGGAGCAACAGUCAACAAGGGAACCAUACUCCUCAACCACAAAGGAAUAACAACCGUAAUUCCACACCUGUUCGGUCACCUAACGCAUCGAGUAUCCGCAUGAACAACCCCCCAAAUCGUUCCUCUAGUAAUGCAAAUGCUGUGGGUAUUCGACCGGCACGGCCAGCAACGGCACCUCAUACGGAACCCGAUCCGGAUGAUCCAAAUGCGCCGCCACCCCCUUACGAAGCUGUGAACCGGCGACCACAGCCACAGUACUCGCCACCAGCAAGGCCGUCUCCUUUCACGGAAUUUCCAAGCGAGUAUUCUUCAAAUCAGUACCCGGGAAAUCGAAACCCACGGAGCAAUCGUUAUUCCAAUUAUGGGAACCGGCCUGAACGGUAUAACGCCGACGAGAGAAAUAAAGAUUGCAUUUUAAUGUGA